AUGCGAGUCAAUCGUCGUCUAAUGCUAGUAUUCGCAGAACAGGCGCCAAAGAUUCUCUUCAAACAAGGAGAAGCAACACCAACUAAAACGGUAAAGGCUGUCGCCACUUCUACAAAGGAGGCGGAAAAGUUAAGGGAGAAGUAG